UCUGGCCGGCUUCAUCAUGGCAGGACUUGUGUUGCUCGUCAUUUUCAUAAGUUCCUUUCACGAGAUUCAACUUCAAGCUCUUUUUCAACCUAAACUGGUGAUGAAUACAUCAGCGAUCACAGAGACAGACACUGUCACAAUGCACUGUCAGCCUCCACCUGCUGUGUUGAAGUGUUAUUUCUACACUGAGGGACAAGAAACCAAAAUCUUCCCAUGUCUAAAGACACUGUCAGGGACUGAGCUGCUGCUGCUGGCACAUAAGAGCUCCCCCGCUGAGGUUAAAGUAAGAUGUUUUUAUACCGUAAAGUUAGGACAUACCGAUUCUCCGUCUCCACACAGCAACACAUCCUCCAUCACCAUACGCAAGACUGUGGAAAUAGAGUCACACGAGAUGCAAACUACGCCAUUUCCUAUGAGCACAGGACCUCCUACUUCAACUCCUGUAACGUCUAUAAAUGGUCUGACGGUCAGUACAAGAAACCCAAAGGAAAAUGUUAUUGCUACUUCUCAUUUGAGUUCUCCGUCACUAACACCGGUGAAAACAGCAUCAGGUCUGACUGUCAGUACAAGGAGCCCAAAGGAAAAUGUUGUUUCUACUUUGCAAACGCCACUGAAAGUAACAUCAGGUCUGGAAGUUCACAGACCUCAUACUUCAACUCCUUUGACGUCUAUAAAAGGUCUGAAUGUCACACCGAGGAACUCUAAGGAACAUGUUAACUUUUCUUUUCUUGGGAAACCAGAAAUAAGGAUGUUGACACUGGUGGCAGUUUCAGCUGGUUUUGGAGUCAUCGUGGGUGUCAUCUCACUGGGACUGGGCAUUCUCAGCACCAGAAGAAGAAGUGACUCAACAAUGCCUGUGUCAUCUUACAAACUCACUGGUACCAAGAAACUGAGCAGACGAGAGUCUCAAAAUGAACAAUCAGAUGAUUACCACACCUACCACACCAUCGCUGAGAAGCCGCCUGAACGAGCCCCAGAGAUGGUGUACAGCACCCUGCAGCUGGUUUAAAGGGAAGACAGAGGAGACUGCCCAAAGACCUGUUUUUAAACCAUGUGCAAUUUUAGUCUCGACAUUAAUACAAAUCGAAGUGGUUGAUUUGACAUUCCUGAAAUAGUUUUAAUAAUGUGACUGUGGUUAUUGAGAGGCCACUUCUUAUAACAUUGCGUAUAGCAGACAACAUUAUAACAUCAUACAGUGUUUGGAAAUGUACUCUAUUUACAUGUACUGUAAUAUGUAUUAAUAAGGAUGUCCUGUAUAGCUUCUCUACAACAGACUACAAACAUUUUCCAAUCUAAAUGACCAAUUAGAUUUCAGUCUGUCAUGACUGAAAGACAUUAGUAUCUUAAUCGCUUCAGAAAUGAGAGGCUGUUUCUGUUUUUGUCUCUGUUACAUCACUUGGCUAUUGUUAAAGGUGC